AUGACUGAUGAGAAGACCUUCCGCAUCGGCUUCAUUGUGCUGGGGCUCUUUCUGCUGGCCCUUGGCACAUUCCUCAUGAGCCACGACCGGCCCCAGGUCUACGGCACCUUCUACGCCAUGGGAGGCGUCAUGGUGAUCGGGGGCGUCAUCUGGAGCAUGUGCCAAUGCUACCCCAAGAUCACCUUCGUACCUGCUGACUCUGACUUCCAAGGUGUCCUGUCCACGAAGGAGAAGGCGCUGGGCCUGCUGGAGAACAGGCUUGCUGCCGAGAUGAAGAGCCCCCAGCCCCCCUACGUCAGGCUCUGGGAGGCAGCCGCCUACGACCAGAGCCUGCCUGACUUCAGCCACAUCCAGAUGAAGGUCAUGAGCUACAGCGAGGACCCCCGCCCCCUCCUGGCCCCAGAACCCGGACAGCAGCAGCCAGAAGCCAGCAGUGGAGGAGAAAGUGGCCCUCGUGACACUCAGGCCUGGUUGGAAGCUGCCGUGGUCAUCCACAGGGGCUUGGCCCAGGAUGAGGGAGAAAGAGACCCGAGUCAGGGCAGGUUCAGCCCCCCGACCUGUCCCCAGGGUCCUGCACCCUUGGCUUCCUUCCAAGAUGACCUGGACGUGGGCUCCAGUGAGGGCAGCAGCUCCAACCCAUCUCCACCCGAGGGAGCGGAACCUCAGCCCCCGCCUCCGGAGUCCUGGACCUGCAGAUGCCAGCUGGACCGCUUCCAUGACUUCGCCCUGAUUGAUGCCCCCACGACGGAGGAUGUGCCUCCAGAGAAACAGCGGCGGGAGGCAGCCGUGACUAGCUCCCAGCAGAGGUCCCCGAGGACAAAAGAGGAGGAAGAGGCUUCAGACACAGGCACAGAGGGGCUGGCACAGGAAGAGGAAGACCUGUACUAUGGGCUUCCCGACAGCCCCCGGGAUCCCCUCCCAGACAAGGAACUGGGCUUUGAACCUGAGGCCCAGGGCUGA